AUGGGUGGUCUUUUGUUGUCAGAUCACUAUGAGUUUCACAAGCCUAGUAUCAAUGAUAUGAACAUCGCGAGCAUCGCUUGGGGGUUCUCCUUAGGCGUGUCGAUAUUUGCGGGCACGAAAGCUGCGAAGCAGACGAUUAAAUCGUGGAAGAGAGGGACGAGGACGAAUAUUUAUCUCAUCUUGGUGUGGAUGGAAUGGACGAGCAGUGUGAUUAUGAGUGCCAUUACAUGGUUAUAUCUGCGACAGUACAUUCCGCCUGGCUUCCCAGUCUUCUUUGUCAUUGUCCUUCUUUGGGCCAUUCAGAUCCAAUCGUUGCUACAGAUUAUCAUCAACCGAAUCUCGAUCCUCAUGGUCAACCGACAUAAUGCAUGGAAGCUCAAACUCAGUGUAUUCUUUGUUUUGCUCGCCAUCAAUAUCAGUGUUUUCUGUGUCUGGAUUCCAGCCCGACUACAGAUCAGUCCCAAAUGGAUCGCUGUCAACGCUGUCUGGGAUAGAGUUGAGAAAUGCAUAUUCUUGAUUGUCGAUGCUGGUUUGAACUUUUACUUCAUCCACCUUGUUCGAUCUCGCCUUAUCGCCAAUGGUCUCACCAAGUAUACUCGAUUAUAUCGUGUCAAUCUGUUCAUGAUCGCUGUCUCGAUGACAAUGGAUGUCCUGCUCAUCGCAAUGAUGUCUCUACCCAACGAUAUCGUCUACCUUCAAUUCCAUCCUCUGACAUACCUCGUCAAGCUCCACAUCGAGAUGAACAUGGCUGAGCUUAUUACCAAGGUUGUCAAGGCCAGCAACCCCAAUGGCUACGACUACUCCGACUCCCGAUCUCGCUCUGGUCAAAAGAGCGGAAAGACAACAACUGGAAAGAAGAUGGGCUCUGUCUUUCCGGGCAACAACCAGACUUUCAUUGAAGCUGGUGGCGACGACAUCGAGUUGCCUCAAAGGAAAGAAGACGGUAUUCAGGUUUCCAGAACUUUCAAAACUACGCAGAUCGAGGUUGUUAAAGAAAACCGGGAUCGUACUGAUUACGAUGAUCUUGAAAGCGAAUCAAGUUCCACCCGACAUCUGAAGCGAGAGCCACUGCCAUUCCCUGCUGAAUAG